AUGGCAGAAGCCAGUAUCUCAUGGGCUGAGGAUCAGUUCAGCUGUUCAGUGUGUCUGGAUCUGCUGAAGGAUCCAGUGACAAUUCCCUGUGGACAUACUUACUGUAAGAGUUGCAUCUCAGAGUGCUGGGAUCAGGAGGAUUGGAAGAGAAUCUACAGCUGUCCUCAGUGCAGACAGAUCUUCAGUCCAAGACCAGUUUUAAGUAAAAAUGUGAUGUUUGCGGAAAUGGUGGAGAAACUCAAGAAAACGAGAUGCCAAGCUGCUCCUGCAGUUCUUCACGCUGGAUCUGGAGAUGUUCAGUGCGACUCCUGCACUGGAUUUAAACAGAAAGCAGUGAAGACCUGUAGGGAGUGUCAAAGCUCUUAUUGUCAAAAUCAUCUUGAACAGCAUGAGAAUCUCUUCAGAAGUAAAGGACACAAUCUGAUGACUGCCACUGGACGACUGCAGGAGAUGAUCUGCCCUCAACAUGAUAAAAUGCUAGAAAUUUACUGCCGUACUGAUCAGCGGUGUAUCUGCAUGCUGUGUUUGGUGGAUGAACACAAAAAUCACGACACUGUAUCAACUGCAGCGGCAAGAUCAGAGAAACAGAGACAUUUUGAGGAAAUGCAGAGAAAAAUCCAGGAAACAAUCCAGCAAAAAAAGAAAGGCCUGAAGCAAAUGAGAGAAGCUGUGGAGUCGCAUAAAGUGAGUUCAGAGAAGAGACGUUUGAGAAGUCUCAGUUUGGACUCUUCUUCACAUUCUUACAAAAGAAAUAAUAAGGAAUUAAUUCACAUUUACCAUGAUCUGAGGUGGAGAGAUGCUGAACUGAAGCAGCUUUCACACACAGAUGAUCAUAUUCAUUUCCUCCAGAGUUGUCCGUCUGUCUCUCUCACUGGAUCUACAGACAGCCUCACGGUCAGUGCUCAUCCCUCUUUUGAUGAUGUAGUGAAAUCUGUCUCUCAACUCAGAGACAAACUGCAGCAGUUCUGCACAGAUGAGAUAGAAAAGAUAUCUAAAAGAGUGAAAACCGUCCAGGUCAUUGUCCCUCGUGAAUAUGCGACCAGGAAGGAGUUCAUACAAUUUUGGCACAAAAACAUUGAGACCGUCCUCCCUGUAACCCAUGUGUCCAGUAGAGUAGGAGUGUAUGUUGAUCACAGCGCAGGAACUCUGUCCUUCUACAGCAUCUCAGACACAAUGAGCCUCAUCCACAGAGUUCAGACCACAUUCACUCAACCGCUCUAUGCUGUGUUUGGACUGGAUAGGCAGACAGCGGUGAAACUGUCUAACCAAUUAAGUAAUUCAGACAUUCUACAGAUUGCUUUGUUAUAUCACAGGAUGAUGAUGUUAUGAGACUUAUUUUCAAAUCAAAGAUAUCACUACUGAAAAAUGUAUAAACUCAACUAAAUAUUUU